CAUGAGACCUUUUAAAAAAGUUAGACACAACCAGAUAGUUAGGCCUCCUCUCCUGGUAUCUGGCUCAUGCUAGGGGAUGUUGGAACCACCUCUGGACCUUGGAGAAGAAGUGAAGGCAGAUAGAACAUCAAUGAGGAGAGGAAAGAACCAUCAAUUUUGGACAAUAAGAAUUGAACUCUGACCUGUGUGUGGACUGAUAACAAAUUGGAUUGCUACCUCUAAAUGUAUUAAUCCCUUUUAUUCUCAUGUUUUCUAUCUAUGAUUUCCGUAAUGCAAUGCAACCCUAGGAAUGAAGUACAGUGAGUAUUGCACAUAAUUACAUGCCACCACAUGAAGGUUGUUUUUUGUCCUAGCAAAUUGAGGAGGAUCCAGAAAAUUAAUGUCCCACUUAAUUGUAGAUAUUGUGUUAAUAAACCUGGCAGUUUUAAAAGGCAUAGCUGUAUCGGCCUGGAAUAUUAAUACACAAAACUAUCUUACAGCACCCUUGAGGCUAAAUGAGAGAACAAAGUUGGUAGCAUAAGCUUUCAUAGACUUUGGUUUACUUCAUCAGAGGCAUCAUCAUACCGACUUCUUUCUCUCUGGCCCCAUUUAGAGUGACAUAUUCCAGCAGUUUGAAACUCAUUUCAGUGUAAUGUGUAAUGUAGUUUAAUGCAGUUGGACUACAUUAUUAGAGUCUACACUUCCAUAUAAUGCAGUUCCAUUAUAUGAUCAGUUAUGGGGCUCCAGUCUAAAAGGUGCUACAAGAUCCCUUUGCAAAGCUGCACUUCUUGAAAUAUGUCAACUAGAGAGUAUAAGUGGAGAAAAGGAAGAAGAAGAGCUAGAAAUAUAACGAGGAAAUGUCAAUCAGUCUUACACAAACAGGGAAGAGGAACCUUUGGCAUUCAUAAAUGAGUUAACUGUUUGAUAAAGAUGAUUUGUUUGACUAGGGACCUCUUCACAUGGGGCAUUUUUACCUCUAUAAAAACCUGUAUAGUUUCUUGCACCUGAGGCUGAAUCUGUACUUCCAUGUAAUCCAGUUUCACAAUACAGAUUCAUUGCAUUGAACUGCAUUAUAUGGCAGUGUAGACUCACAUUAUCCAGUUGAAUGCUGUUAAUCUGCAUUCUGAAACUGGAUUAUAUGGCUUUGUAGAUCCAGCCUGAGAGACAUUUCUGUGUACCAUGACAGACUCAUUGUAGCUAUACAUUUAUUGGUACCCUUCAUAUAUAACUGAAGAGGCAACAUUGACAAAUGAUAUCAGAACUGAUGGGAUACUCCAAGAAUACAGUGGGAAAGCCUUGCAUUAGAUUUUGUUGGUUCUGAUUAGUCUCAAGGUAAUCUGGAAAAGCACACGGGCUUUAGGACUGUGUAGAUGGGUCCUCGGAGGAAAAAAUGUGGGGCAACUUAUAUAUGAUUGCACUCUAAAUCCCGUUGCUCUUAAGGAAAUUUGCAUACAAUGCUAUUGGAGUCAGGCCAUUCAUCUUCCUAUGCAAUAAUACCAAGUGAACGCACUAUGUCAUGAAACUUGCCUCUUCAUCUGGCGUGGUGAGUUGACUCUGAAUGAGUGACUCAUGAGUGGAUGCUUUUCUGCUUGGUCUCAUGCUUAGCUUUAGAGUAAUUCCACUCAUUCUUCUUUAAAAAUGGAUUGGUUUAAAUCAACAUCCUGUGUAAAAUAACCCAUUGCAACCACUUCAGGACUUUAGUAUCAAAGGUCAUAAUGGAAAAUUCUAGGAAUUUAGGAAGAAAUGUAAGAAACAACUGGCUAGACAGUUUCCUUUCUUUUAAAGCUAACAUUAUGCAUUUCUAAGAAAACCUGGAAAGAAAGGGCUUGGCUGUAGCUCCAGCAAUUGCUGCUCAUUUGUAAAUUUGAGCUGUUUAGAGAAAACCGAUUUGCUAUGUUGCUGCUGCUGAUUUGGGAGCCCCUGUUAUAAAGGACACAAAUAGCUAUUGCAGCAGCAGAGGGACAGAGAAUGGGGUCAUUCAUAUUCAUAUCACUUACCAUUCCUCACGAGGCAGCUGCUUGCUUGCUUGCUUGCUUGCUUGCCUACUUACUUAGUUGGAGCAUGAGGUCACUAUUCCAAUCCUGAACUAAACAGCGGCUUUCUUUCUAAACGAAGCAGGACGUCGGUGAUACCCGGCUUUGUAACAGAGUGUUGGAAAUUUGAGUCAUUUUGUUACUUUUGUUAUUAAAUAAGUCAGAAAUCCUUCCUGGUCUACUGCAUAUCAUUAAGAAAAGUAUCUUCAUUCCACUUCUGCUGCAAAGGUAAUGAUUAACUGAAGAUGACAGGCCCUUGGACAGUGUGUUGCAAGAAAAAGAAUACACCCAAAAAUGGAUUACAGGAAUUGGACUCAGUGGCAGAGAACAAGAAGGAAAAAAUGCAGAUGAAACAAGAAAUCACCUUGUUGAAUGGCAUUUCUUUAAUAGUAGGGAACAUGAUUGGCUCAGGGAUAUUUGUAUCACCCAAAGGAGUUCUGAUGUACAGUGGCUCCUAUGGACUCUCGCUCCUUCUCUGGGCCCUUGGUGGGAUCUUUUCAUUGUUUGGAGCACUGUGCUAUGCUGAGCUGGGGACAUCCAUAAUUAAAUCAGGAGCAAGUUAUGCCUAUAUUCUAGAAGCCUUUGGAGGCUUUAUAGCCUUUAUCAGACUGUGGUCCUCUUUGCUUAUUAUUGAACCAACAACUCAAGCAGUCAUAGCCAUCACUUUUGCUAACUACAUUGUACAGCCAAUCUUUCCAUUCUGUGAACCACCCUAUGGAGCUGUCCGGUUAAUUGCAGCUGCCUGCAUCUGCUCCUUGACAUUUAUUAACUGUGUCAAUGUGAAGUGGGGAACCAGAGUACAAGAUCUUUUCACAUAUGCUAAAGUUAUGGCCCUUAUUAUGAUAAUAGCUGUGGGUCUGUAUAAGAUUAGCAAAGGAGAAACAGAUAAUCUCAAGGAACCAUUUGAAGGUUCAACUGCUGAUGCAGGAUUAAUUGCACUUGCUCUGUAUUCAGCGCUGUUUUCCUAUUCUGGAUGGGAUACGUUGAAUUUUGUCACAGAAGAAAUGAAAAACCCAGAAAGGAACCUGCCACUUUCCAUCGCAAUUUCCAUGCCUAUAGUGACAAUCAUUUACCUGCUAACUAAUGUGGCCUACUAUGUCGUGCUAGACAUGCCUGCUCUGCUAGCAAGUGAUGCUGUGGCUGUGACUUUUGGAAAUGAAACCCUUAGCUAUGCAAAGUGGAUUAUCCCAAUUGCAGUGGCUAUGUCUUGUUACGGAGGAUUAAACUCAUCAAUAAUUGCAGCUUCCAGGCUUUUUUAUGUUGGGGCCAGAGAAGGACACCUCCAUGACAGCCUGAGUUUGAUUCAUGUAAAAUGUUUCACACCUGUUCCUGCUCUUCUUUUUAAUGGUUUAAUGACUCUGGUUUAUCUCCUUGUGGAAGACAUCUUUCUCUUGAUCAAUUAUUAUUGUUUCAGCUAUUGGUUCUUUGUUGGGUUGUCCAUUGCAGGAUUAAUAUAUUUAAGAUACACCCAACCCGACAGGCCAAGGCCUAUCAAACUCAGCCUUUUCUUCCCCAUUGUGUACUGCAUAUGCAGCCUUUUCCUAGUCAUUGUUCCUCUCUACAGUGAUACAAUCAAUUCCAUUAUUGGAAUUGGCAUUGCACUCUCUGGAAUUCCUGCAUACUUCUUGGGAGUCUAUCUGCCAGAUGAAAAGAGACCUCGAUUUCUUCAGUGGCUUUCUGCCACAACCACAAAGUAUGUUCAGAUGCUAUUCUACUGCUGUCUGACAGAGCUGGACCUUGAAACUCAGAUGCCAGAAACCAAAGCCAAGUAGAAUAAGGUUGGCAGUUUCCACACUUGAAACAUCUAUGAGGCUGGAAAUGCUUUGUACUCUUGGGCUGCACCAGUGGACUCCACAACUGUACUGUGCAUCAUUUUGAUGUUUCUUAAUCUGUGCUACAUUAUUAGCUUUUUCUUGGUCUGAUUACCAGUUUGUGAAGUCUUUUUGCUGAUUCAAUUGCUGGUAAUUAAACUGUUUGGGGAGGUUUUUUUUUUUUGGGGGGGGGGGGAUAAUUGCAUUAUACAAAAACAAGCACUUAAUAAGUGCUGAGGGGUUUCUCUUUUUUUAGGUUAAUUAUAAAGGUAACUCAGUUACCUGUUGGAGACAAAUGUCUGGGAAAUGUAAAAUCAUGUCAAGAGGAGAAAUUAAAAACAUCCCUUCUACCCCACAAGGUAUAUGAACAUAUAGUAUAAAUGUUAAUUCUAGGGUGCUAUCGCAACAAUUUUAUACUCUGUUAUCUCAGAGUAAACCCCACUAAACUCUUAGGACUCACUUCUGAGUCAACAUGCAAAGGACUUUAUAUUUUUCAUAGAAAUAGGAGUAGAUUGAUUUUAUUCAUUUAGAUAACAGUAAUCUUUAGUUCUGAAUCUUUGGGAUACAGUAUUGUGACAAUGUAUAAUAGAAUCGAUGGAAAGAUACUAAUUAUUAUACAGCAAGGAAACAUGUAAGAAAACUUGGUUAAUCGAAAUCAGCCUUGGCUUAACUUACUGGCAUGGCCACAUCUAUAACUGAACAGUACAAGGGAACAUUGUCUUGUCAUUCACUUCAGGAAGCUUUGCUUACUCUUUUUCAAUUUACCACCAUGCUACCAAGAGGAUCAUAUGGGGCAGAAAGUUGAGCUGAUAGCAACUUCUUCUGCAAGACACUAGGGGACACUGAAGCAACACCAGAUUUCUAUUAUAAACAUUUGACCUUCCAUAUCCACUGGGGUUUGGUUCUAAGACUCCAUGUAGAUUACCAAAAUCCAUGAAUGUUCAAGUCCUAUUCUUAACAAACAGCAUAGUAAAAUGAUGUCCCUCAUGCAAAAUGACAACUCAAAUAAGACUGAGGACCUGUGAAAUAGCAGGAGGCUACAUAAGGGUAUGGCUACACAUCAUUGUAGUUAGUGCUCAAUGCAUGGAAAAAUCAAGGUCUGCUUUUUGGAACUAUUUUCCCAAGUAUUUUUGAACUGACCUCUCCUUCCCCCCCCCCCCCCCCAAAAAAAAAAAAUACAUUUGAGCCAAUUGUACAUAAUAUUGUCCUUAGGAUUUUUAACAUUUUAUAUUACAAAAAAGAGCUUGACACUCAACAUGGCAAAUUUAAGAUUACUCUUAUAUUGGGCUAUAAUUCUGUUUUACCAAAGAUAAAGGAGUUUAUGAGACAAUUAAAAAUAACUAUACAUGACAUGUUACUCCCAGUUUUUCUUCUGAAUGCGCCACUGCUUGUAUAAAGGACACAAAGCAUAACACAAUCAACAUUCUUUUUGUUCUAGUCACAGUAUUUUAUAUUACAAGCAAAUGAAUGUUGUAUUAUUGUAUAGAAUGAUGAUCUAUACAUAUAUUUUGAAUAAACAUAGGUUUAAAAUAUAUUGAUUUUUCAUUUGGGUUUUUCCUAAAAACCACCAAACCAAUGCAUAAAAAGAACAAGGACUGCAUCCACUCUCUUUUGUUGUUGUUAUAUAUAGCUAAAAUAAAAUUUAUAAAAAGUCUUCUUGUACAAAUAUGUUGGUAAAUGUUUCCUGAAUGCAUGCUUAUGCAAUAUUUUAUAUUUGACAAUAUCCUGAGGUAUUUGACUAGUUUGUAGCCCCAAUUUUUCCAUUGCUAAACUAGAAAGGAACUAUUAUAUCUAAUUUAAUAAAUUAGAUUAGAUAUUUGAAAAGAUUAGAGAGAUCUUUUAUGUAAUGUGAAGCGAUUUAAAGCAUGUUGAAUUUCCAUUAUCUCCCAACCAGUAGCUGAAAAAAGUCAGUGGGAUAGAGAAUAUGCAAUCCCAAAUCCAGAAAUGAAACCAAUACAAAAUAAUCACUGAAAUAUAGAUCUCCCAGAGCUUGAUAAAAUUACUUUUUAGGUUACAAUUCUUAGUCUUUCUCAACCAGCAUGGCCACUGCAUGUGUGUCUCAAGAGAUAUAAUUCAAAAUGGACCUUUUCCAAGAUCUGUAAUCACUUGAGAAGCUAUAUUUGCCCUUUAUUUCUAAAACCCUAAGCCUUUUAAGAAGGUAGUUUUAUGAUCUAAAGCUGUGGUAGGAAGCCAGGUUAUCAUAUUUUCCAUAUUGACUUUCAUGGAAUGAAAGCAGCAUCUUGAACAUCUGUAUAGGACUUAGUAGAAUAUGCCUUUUUGACUCAUCUCUGGAUCAAAACUGGUAUUAUGCUAAAUGUUUUUCUCAGCCAGUAGUCAACCUUUCCCUCAACAUAUUUUCUCCUCGGUGUCCUAAGAGUACUCCUCCAUAAACAAGCUAUUCCUUCUGUUCAUUCUCAGGGAGAAUACAGGAGUAGGCAAAAUAAAUGUAGAGGCUACAGCUGAUUCACUAUGCAUUUAGAUUACAGUAGUGAAAAAAAAUCCUGAAAUGAAUGUUUAGCCUGUUAUUAGUAAUAUAUAAAAAUCAGGAUAUGGUCUAAUCAGAAUUUGAUCUUUUUCAAACCAAUUAGUUUAAUUGGCGAAAGCAUUUGAACAUCCAAUCAUGCAAGCCCUCUAUCGCUGAUAUGAAAGUGUUUCAUUUUGACUAGAUUGUUUUUCUCAUUCUUUUAUUUGUAUAUUUCAUCUAACAAGUUGCAUCCCACCAUUACUCCAAUACAUUCAACAUAGCAGAUAUAACUUCUCCUUCAUCUCACUACAUCCUCACAACAACUCCCUGAAAUAGGCCAGUCUGAGAGAAUAAUGGGCCCAUGGUCAUCCUCUGAAUUUCAAGAUUCGAUUAGGUCUGGGAUUGGGAUCUCUCUAACUCCAUGCAACACUGUGACUGUUGUACUAUACUGCUAUACUAUGCUGGCUUUCUUUAAGGGAUGUAGAUGUGUCAUACUAUACUGCUAUACUACACUGGCUUUCUUUUUAAGGGAUGCAGAUGUGCAGCCAUGUGCAAAUAAUAUGCCUAAACAAUGUUAUUCCAAAUCAGCAGGAUUAAUCAGUAUGCAUCAGGCCAAACUACAUUUUGGCUUGGAUUCAACUGUUAGUCUUGAUUAGACUCAUUAGAUCAAUGAAAAUCAUAUGUUGAUUUACCAUACAGCAAAUGAUUGAGUGGGUCUACUCUAUAUAGAACUAACCAAGAAGAAUCCAGCACAGGGACACCUCUUUCUCUUUUUUUUAAUCAUUAUUGCCAUUAUCAUUGAGACAUCUGGGAUAUGUUCCAUAUCAGGACUAUUGGAUGUGCAAGGCAAAUGUGGUUUUUCUGCAGUAAAACUCCCUGGAGUUCCCAUUUUCCCCUUAAAGUUUCUAUUUGCAUAAUAUUAUGGCCUUCACUUGAAUCCAGAAUGGAAAUGUAUAAUCCCUCCCAAGGCUGGAGACUGCAUCUCCCAUUCUUCCUCACCACUGGCUAUAUUGGGUGAGUCUAAUGGGAGUUGCAAUUUAACCAUAUCUGGAGGGCCAUGUUUUUCUCACUGCUUAUUUGAGCUAACCUAGGUACAAUUACUGGAAAUAACAACCACACAUUCUGAAGAAGCAUAGUUGUGGAAUUCUCUUCCUUUUCCAAAGAUAUAUGAAAGACAUAGGAGCAGACAUGAGCUCAUUUUCUAUACCGUCUGUUUUGAAAACCAGAAAUGUCCUGCUUCAUACGGUCAGGGAAUGUGUUGAACUUAGAUAAAAUUAACAUUGUUGUUCUAUUUUAGAAAAUGCCAACAAUUUUACAGAAGUGUGAGUACAAUAAGGCUGCUGACAUUUAUUUUAGUUGUUCUUAAUAGAAGUAAUCCCAGGGUAUGGGAACAGGGCACUUUGAGUAAUUCUAGAGAAAGGCCUCCGUCAAAAUGUUGGCAAGACAACUGAACAUUUCCUUUCCUCUACAGGGUAAGUAGACUUGUGGGAACAGAUUAAAAAGAAAUCUUGGCAGAAGAGAAAUAGGAAAUGUCCAAAUACGGCCACAACAAAAUUCAGGGUAGCGCUGUAAUAAUAAAUUACCCUUUGUGACAUUAUGGGGUGGAACUGCUAGACCAUUCUGUUGCAAAACAGAGUAUUCAGAAAGUAUUUCCCUACAAUGGUGAUUUAUAUUUACCUAUAGUGUGGCAUGACAUAGUAAAUCUGCUAAAAUCCGUUCUUCACAAAACUCCAGAAAGUGUUUAUUCCCUCUCCUAAUUUUUCAUCCAGCCAUCCUCUUUACAUAGCAUUAAUAUAUUAAAAUAUGCUUGGUAUGGUACAAGUAAAAUUAGCAGGUUAAGCACAUUCAGAAAAAAAAUCAGAACAGGCAUAUUCUCCUUUGAGAUAGCAAACUUCAGUUCACUUGUCUUCUAUAUUGACAGAAACAAAAACUAGACAUGUCAAAUAAAAUUAUUGUUUCUGUUUCACAUAGCUUGGCCAUCAGUAUUGGUUUGUAUCAUCUUUUUCAAUGGUAGUGUGGACACUUAUGUCAACAUCUAGAAUAUGCUAAAAGACCUUCCAUUAGAAAAGUGCUGUAUAAUUCUUCAAACAGAGCUGGGCCACAUCUCCUUCUAGCUCACUACAGGCCCCCAAACACAGACAUUUACUGGCUGAUGGAGAGCAAAAGCAGUUUUAAACAUCUAGCUGUUUCUGGAACAGCAACGACCUCCUACAGGUCCUGUGGAUAACCUAGAGCUUUCCCAUAGUUGCCCUCACCUCUAGGAAUACAGCUGCCCUCCCUUCUUUGCACCAGCUAGUAAAUAGCUAUAUUGGAAAGAAGGGACCUGCAAUAGCUAAACGGUGAUUUGGAGAGAAUUUGAUAGUUAACGGUAGGAUUCAGACAACCAAUAAAGUCAUGAAGAUGUAAACUGUAGUUUUGUCUUUAACUUGCUUGGAUAUCAGACAUUAAUAUAACUGUUUUCAAAUCAAUGUCCAGUUUCUGUCAGGUUGGUGAUAGAGGAUAAAUCUUUAUCAGUGUAGCUGUCUAGUCCCCAAGGGAAAGUCUUAGAACAGCAGAAUAGCUCUAAAACACACAACAGCCUCUUGAGCACUCACUGACUAGCCACGAAGGUACAGGUGAGUGUCAUUCAGCUGCCUUUGUAUAUGCAGGCAAGAAGAUACAAAUCUUGGCUAGCCCUCUCCUUCAACAAGUUUAGAGCAUAAUAGUUUGAAACCCUUGGGUUGUAGAGAUGACAAGACAAUCGUGUCAAUUUGAGAAGUUGAAGGCAAACCUGGGCGAGAUUCUUAUUCCCUAUCCUCUGUGACUCCCACUAUCCUUAACCAGAGCAACUGUACCAGACAUAAAUUUAGAUUUGCAGUUCCUUGAAUGCUAAGCCACUGUAGUCUGCUGUCCUGCCAACAGAUUUGCUUCAGAUUGGAACAGUACAGCAAUAUUUUAAUACUUGUCAGGUAGAUAUUGGGGGGGGGGGGGAUAACAAUUUUUCUCCAUAGUAACUGCUAUGUAAGUAGUAUGCUUACUUGCCAGUUGGCAAUUUCCAAAGCAGCUGAUGAACAAAUUGUUCACACACAGUAUCUGGACUAUGACUUCCCUUGUCCAUUGGAGUAAUAUGUUAGGACACUUUCCUAAGAUUUAUCUUUCUCUUUUAUCUGUAUCUUCUUCAAAUGUUUUGUUGAGGCCUCUUAAAGUAUGGUUGUGAGAUCUCUUCAGCACUGAAAGAUCCAUUAGUUACAAAUCAAUUGUGUACACCCAUUUCAGCAGUAUUGACUUUUAAAUGUUUGGAAGGAAUUUUUCUCUCAUACCUACAAGUACAAUCUUAUAAAUGUUUAUUCAAAAAGUAAAUUCUACCAUGUUCAUAGGACUUAACUUUCUAAUUAGUAUGUUUAGUUGCAUAAAUUCUAUGGUGGCUGCCAGAUGAAAAAUCCAUUGAUUUUUUGGUCUUAUGAGAUUAAAUAAUAUAUGUUGCAUUAAUUGACACAAUUGAAAAUUAUCAUUUUUUUUAAUCCAAAAGUACUUACCAACUAAAAGAAGUGUCUAUGCAGAGAAAGCAACUGCUUUGACCUUUCUAUUGUUACUGAAUUGUAAAUAAAGGCAUCUAUUGUUUGAGCUUGAA